UGCUUGUGCCAAACAGGUAAACAGGCAUAAAUCUCAAUGGGAGAAGAAAACCAAACUUUCGUGGCUGAGUUUAUCUUCCUCGGUCUUUCACGGGACUUACAGACCCAGAUCCUUUUAUUUAUCCUUUUUCUCAUCAUUUAUCUAUUGACUGUGCUUGGAAACCUGCUUAUUAUCAUUCUCAUCUUCAUAGAUUCUCGACUUCACACACCCAUGUACUUUUUUCUUAGAAAUCUUUCUUUCACAGAUCUCUGUUUCUCUACUAGCAUUGUCCCUCAAGUGUUGAUCCACUUCCUGGUAAAUAGGAAAACAAUUUCUUUUUUUGGAUGUAUGACACAGAUAAUUGUCUUCCUUCUGGUUGGUGGAACAGAGUGUGCACUGCUAGCAGUGAUGUCCUAUGACCGCUAUGUGGCUGUCUGCAAGCCCCUGCACUACUCCACCAUCAUGACCGAACAGGUUUGCCUCCAGUUGGCCAUAGCAUCCUGGGCCAGUGGGGCACUUGUGUCUCUGGUGGAUACCUCCUUUACUUUCCAACUUCCUUAUCGAGGACAGAAUAUUAUCAAUCACUACUUUUGUGAACCUCCUGCACUCCUGAAGCUGGCUUCAGCAGAUACCUACAGCACAGAAAUGGCUAUCUUUGCAAUGGGCGUGGUCAUCCUCUUAGCUCCUAUCUCCCUAAUCCUUGUCUCCUACUGGAAUAUUAUCUCCACUGUGAUCCAGAUGCAGUCUGGGGAAGGGAGGUUCAAGGCUUUCUCUACCUGUGGCUCCCAUCUCAUUGUUGUUGUCCUCUUUUAUGGAUCAGCAAUAUUCACCUACAUGCGGCCAAACUCCAAGACCACAAAAGAGCGGGAUAAGAUGAUAACUGUGUUCUAUACAGUGAUAACACCAAUGUUGAAUCCCAUUAUUUAUAGCCUGAGAAACAAGGAUGUCAAAGGGGCUCUAAGGAAACUAACUGUAAGAAAGUCUUUUUCUCAGAGACAGUGA